CUCCAAAAUGUUUCAGUUUCAGCUGAGACUAAGCUCCGGACCUCAGUGUAUCGUCGGGAGAGCUACGGGACGACCGUUCGUUGCAAUAAACCCCGAUUCGCUCCUAUAGCUACGAACGCGUGACAGUAAAAAUAUAAAACCCAUAAAUAGAUUAGAAAGUUAUUCCCGUUAUUCAAAUCUGUCAAUAAUGUAAUAAAUAAAUACCCUCGCACUAAGAAGUACAUUACAAGUGCAUAAUACCCGCUGCACUAGUGAGAUCAAAAUGAUACAAAGCAUUUAUGUUCAAGCUAAGUGAAGCUGCAUUUUAAAGAACGCAUUAAUAAUACAAAUUUUGUCGCAUUUUGAGCAAUAUGACAAAAUCUACGACAGCCGACCCACUACAAUUACUUCAGAGAUUCGGUGGCACCACCACACCAACAUCUGGGACCACCACCACUGCCAACGGCGUCACCAAACCAAGUGCCAAUGGCAACAAGCGGCCGACACCAAUUAUCAUAUACCCCACAGUUACCCCAGAGUCGAUAGUGGUACCAAUAGUAUCUUGCAUAUUCGGGUUCCCACUCCUGGCCUUGACCGUGAUAUGCUGCCUCAGACGACGUGCGAAAUUAGCCAGGGAACGUGCCAGACGCCGUAACUGCGAGUUGGACCGCGGUGAGCUGUCCGUCGUACGUGUGUCCCCCGUCAAAGCCAAGCCUCGGCCGGUCAGCCUGGUGCGUUCGCCCCGGCCGCCGCCCACCCUCGAACUCGACACUGUACUCGAAGAGAGAUCUGACCCGGAGCAGACCACACUCUCACAAGUAGAAAUAACCCCUGAUCGUGAAGUGGGCGCCAUAUUGUUCAGCGCAGUGGGCGCUGUGGGCACCGCUGCUGCGGCCGCUGUAUGCGCGAGGGACAGCUAGCGGCGCGGCUCAGCGCAGCUCGGGGCCCGCUCGCCGCUCUGGGCCGCGCUCACUAGCCAACCCCUCGAUGAAGAUGAAACCGACGACGCCGUUGGCGACGACAGCUAACAAGAACUCGACGAGCGUUCCGUCGCUGAUAUUGGUGAACGCAUGAAACUCUUUUUAGACAUUCCCUUAAGGUUCUAAAUGCGCCAUUUUUAAUUUGCCAGAGACAUAAUAAAACUGGUACGGUGUUUUGUGGUUCAAAGUGUUAGACAUUUUGUGCAUAUGUAAUAAUUAUUUGUUCGCGAUAAAAAACACGCAGAAAAAGAGUGGAUAAGAAUUUAUUUAUUUAUCGAUAAUUGAAUUUGAUUUCAGUCUUUAAAAAUCUGUUUUACGUUUGAACGUGUACAAUAUUCCAAUUACGCCAGAAGGUAACUUGCAUAAAGCGUGUUUCCGAUAUAAUGUUAUUAAAUUGUAUGUAACCCAGUUAUGUACUGAGUUACUCCCGUGCAAAAGCAAUUUAGGUAAACUCCACAGUACAAAAUGAUCAGAUGGAAAUUUUGUUGAUAUUAUAUAUAUAUAAUACAUAUGUACAUAUCUACUUAGUUAACAAAGCUUUAACUUAUUAAUUUGAUGUACGUAGGUGAGUUCCGGGACACAAAACAAUGGAACAUAGUUAUAGGAUUACAAUACACGAAUAUAAAAAUAGUGCACAUUUCAUUAAAAUAAAUUAAUUACGACCCAGUCACACAGCCGUCAUUGAGGAUUUGAUAUUAAUAAUAAGUGGUGAAGUGGUUGAUGUUCAUUCCAUAAUAAAUUAUUUUGAGAAAUUAGUAACUUUACCUAUGUUUAAAAAAGUUUGAAUUAGUAUUAUUUUUGCAUUUGCAGUAACCCGCAAAUAUAAAAACGAUUGUAUAUUAAUAAAACCUUACAAAGAUAGAAAAAAUAAAGGAAUUUUAAGGUAUCAUCAUUUUAGGUACCAUCGAAUUGAAACUCGUAUUUAAUUUUAUUAAUAAGAGAUAGCCACUUAAUAAGGAUAUAGGUAUUAGCCAACGACCAACAGAUCACUUAGGACAUCCUAUAUAAAUUAAGGUAAAUAAAGCUGCCAAUGUAGGUACCAUUCUUACUGUUAAGAGAAUAUUUUAUUCAUACAGUGUAUUAUUAAAAUCGUAAUCUUUUUCAAGCCAGGAAAAUUACAUUUUUGUAGUAUAUAUGUAUAUCAUAUUUAGCAAUCGUUUUCAUAAUUAAUUUGUAUAGAUUUACUAUAGAUAUCAUGUCGAUAUUUUUUAUUUUAUUUAGAAGUUUAAUUAAAAACUAAGCUACUUCAGUAUUCGAUCCUGAUUAUCUGUUCAUUCUAUUUAUUGUGAAUGACAUGAUUAUCUGAGUAAUUCCUAAUAGAGUUAUUGUCAAACGAAUCCUGUCAUGUCAAACAAACAAGACAUCGUGCUAUUAACGUAUCGGAUCCUGGCAUGAAAAUUUGCAUUCUUAUAAAUAUGUUCGACAGUAUACCUGCUUUUCUACAUCCAUUAAAAACACUACAAUAAAUUACAAAAUCAUAAAUAUAUGAGUGUUUUAUUCUAAACUGUGUUCUCAUUAAAAUAACCAUAACG